AUGUGUUCUUCCCUGACAGCGCGGCCGGGCCGGUGUCCGUCGAGUGAGUCGGAGUUGGAGGAACGAGACGCCCUGCUGCGCGAGCUGGUACCGUGCCGACCCAGUCGGCCCGAACAGCUCGAGUGUCCGACCGCGCUGAAAUGCUGCCAGCUGGCCGGCAACCACUUCUGUCUGCCGCCAGUACCGGAGAUCACUGCAGACAUCCAGGCGGCCGUCGUGGCUGAAGAUCCGACUGCCCCAAAGCCCGGCGGCUGUCCCCACGCACCCCUGGAGCGGCUGAGGUGCCGGCAGCCGAAGCGGAACCUCUGUCUGUGGGACAGUCACUGUUGGGGCCGGACCAAGUGCUGUCCGAGCGGCUGUGGCCUGGUGUGCCAGCCGCCGGCGCGGCCCGGCUCAUGUCCGGCCAUCUCCUGGCACGUGGCCGUUCGUUGCUGGAGGGACGGCAGACCCAAGUGCUACAGGGCCAACGACCACCAGUGCCCGCAGGGACUCAAGUGCUGCCACAACGGCUGUGUCUUCUCCUGCGUCCCACCAGACGAGGUCCUCUCGACCAAAGCGGGGUUCUGCCCUCCGCCCUCCUUCAUCGACGAUUUCCGGCCGCCCUGCCGCGGCUCGUCGAGGGUCAACGUUUGCGACGCGGACGAUCACUGCCCGGGUCCGAAGAAGUGCUGCCCGUCGCUCUGCUCCCGGCAAUGUGUACUGCCACUGAUCGAAUAUCGGUGACCGGCGCUGGACGAUGCUCUAAAUGAUAGUGUGACAGCCAUAGACACAACAGUGCCUAUGCUGGAGUCAAGAA